GGUAAGGUUAAGAGGUACCUAAGACACCUAAGUGCUGGGCUGUAGUUCCACAGGUCAACUCCCCGCCGUUAGCUACUAUGGCGCCUUUUUUCUUCUCUCUCUCUGCUCUGCCUUUUCCCGCUCCUCUUCAACCCUCCUCCUCCUCCUCUCCGACGAAGAAGCCAGUCUGGCCUCAUCUCGGCCUAUUGCCGCGUUGCCAACCACCCAGUUCGAUGUAACAGGAAAGCCGGGAAAAGAAGAACAGGACGGGAAAAUGAGCGACGAUCACUACAUAACGUCCGAUGACCCCGACCACCCCGCCAACCUCAUCCCGUCCCUCUGUGCUAAGUUCUGGACCUUGGGUUGGGUUACUGGCACGGGAGGAGGGUGUUCUAUUCGCAACUUUGACUUGGUGUACAUCGCGCCGUCUGGCGUGCAGAAGGAGCUCAUGAAACACUCGGACAUCUACGUCCUCGCGCUAUCCAAGCAGACCGACCUCAAGAACCGCGUCUACUUGCGCUCCCCGCCUUCCGGCAGGCCGUCGCAAUGUACGCCGCUGUUCCUCGCCGCCUUCACCCGACGCGGGGCCGGCUGCUGCAUCCACACCCACUCGCAGUGGGCCGUGUUGGUGACCCUGCUCCUCGAGGCCCACGGCCCCGGCAAGGACAAGCUGUUCGAGAUCAACAACAUCGAACAGAUCAAGGGUUUCGGCAAAGGCUUCCAGAAGCAGGGCAACUUGGGCUAUCACGACACCCUGCGCAUUCCGGUCAUCGAGAACACGGCUCACGAGGAAGACCUGACCGAGUUUCUCGAGGAGGCUAUGGAUCAGUACCCGGAUACCUACGCAGUCCUGGUCCGUAGGCACGGCGUCUAUGUCUGGGGCGACAACGUCCACAAAGCCAAGACCAUGUGUGAGAGUCUCGACUAUCUCUUCCAGUUAGCAGUAGAAAUGAAGAGACUCAACCUGCCGUGGUUGAGUGACGUCCCCGUAGUCGUGCCUACAUCGCGCAACUAAACGGUUUCUAGAAAAUAUAGGUCUGGGCUCCCGAUAGGCGCUUUGAGGCAGAGCAAUCAGCACUCACCGUUCCCUUCGCAUUGAAUAGACGGGGAAAAAAGAUGAGCGCUGAUUUGUACGGAGCGCGUGCCGCGGGUCUGGCCAGCAGCUUGUUUAGAUAAACAACUUACAUAUCUAAGCUGAUUCGGUACUCUCGCGCCUUCAGUCCUCAAUUCUUCCGCCGU